GCGGCGGCUCGUGUUUCCCUGGGUUCCCGCGUGCCUUGCAGCAGUCUGCUCUGUGGGUUGGGGCCCCUCGUCCUGCUGGGACCCGGGAGAUCGCGAUGCCGGGCCGACUUAGGGUCCCGCUGCUCGCCUCCCUGCCCGUCCGCCCACAACUCCAUCAUUUGUCAGUCCUAGUCCGGAAAAGUGCCAGGCGAAGUGUGCGCCUGAACCGCCUGGCUGUUUAACGCCGGAUGAUACCUAUUGUGUGGCCCGACACCACGUCAGCUCAUACACCAUGGCUGGCACUGCAUUGACUGCCUUUUUUCCUCCUCUCAAUUAAAGCUGCCAUUAAAGAGACCCGACCAUGGAAAGCGAACCAUUGGUGAUAUCGAAACAGAAGACUGAGCUGGUGUGUGGGGUCCCCACCCAGGUGGUCUGCACAGCCUUCAGUAGUCACAUCUUGGUGGUAGUGACCCAGUUUGGGAAGAUGGGUACCCUGGUCUCCCUGGAGCCCAGCAACGUGGCAAGCGACAUCAGCAGACCGAUGCUCACUACAAAAGUCCUUCUGGGGCAGGAUGAGCCUCUCAUCCACGUCUUCGCAAAGAACCUGGUAGCAUUUGUGUCUCAGGAAGCUGGAAAUCGAGCAGUCCUCCUAGCUGUGGCUGUGAAGGACAAAAGCAUGGAGGGGGUGAAAGCCUUGAAGGAGGUGAUUCGGGUGUGCCAGGUGUGGUGACCGAAUUCAACAAUAUCAAGCAGAAACAGAGACCUCCACAGAGGGACUCAAAAGACCCCCUCACUCCCUGCUUUUUAUCAUAGAAGGAGAAACGGAAAAAAUAUUCCUGUCUCAAGCAGACUCUUACUGUGGUUACCAAGAUCGCCCACAGAUGGGAAGAAGAGAAAUGUGUCUUGAGGAAGUUAUGAAUGGUUCUCACUGGAGUCCAAAUCGCUGCAUAUAUUUGAGAACUGAAAGGAUGAGUCAGCAGGUAUGACUCAUGGCUCUCAAUGUGCAGGACCAAUUCUAGGAGGAAGUUUCUUUUUUAUUAAAAGUAAAUGCGUAUUUCA